UUCCACUUCCUCAACCCCGGCCACUCAACCCAACACGGCGCCCUACCGACCAGGCAUGUGAGUGUGCCUGUUGGCCAGCGAAUCUUCCCCUUUGCACAUUGCCACACCCGCAUCCACCUACACCUUGGUCGCGCUUUUGUUCAAGCGGCCGAACCUAGGCUGCCACGGCCAUGGGCAUCGUCAAUAGCAUCCCCGAGGAGGGUGCCCUCUUCCUUCGCGACCAGAAUAGAUUUUCCAUUUCUGCUCUCAAAAUAUCAAAUAACCGGAACCGCACACUUCUCAAUGUCUCCCCCAAUGCCUUCCCCGCCUCGAGAUACGCCGCGAAGAGGGAGAUGGGAGAUGAGAGUGUCGUAGAAUAUGUUCAGGACCCUGAAUCAGCACUGACCGGUGCACCGCCCGCUUUUCUCCUGCGUUUGCCCGCCGACGAAGAACUGACACUCAACUUCACAUUUGUCGUUCGACAAGCCCAAUCUGCAUUGACACCCUACAGCGCUGAUGCCGCAUCCUCGACCGCCCCGCCAACCCCCGUUGAUACUAUCAUAAAUGGUCUGACGUUUGUGUUUGCUUCAAAUUCAAGAGAAGUGGACCAUUUGGUCACAAGAGAAUUCCAUGCAAACCCAAACCUGCAUAAAGAUCCACACGUCGAGCUUGUCGGUGAUAUUUCAACUGCAGGGAGCUCUUCUGUACAAUUCCAGUGGAGCUGGAAAUGGAAGCCUCCAAAACCGAGUGAGGAUCGAGGCGGCGGAUGGCGCACAAGCUGCACGUUCGUCGAGUAUGAUCAGCGCGCACACAAGUUGGAAACAUUGGCAACAUUCACAUUCUGGGUUCAGAGCGCACCAAAACUUGUCCAAAGUCCCACCUCGCCUUCUCCACGCUUGGAGCUUGGUGUACCACCUCGCCUUCGUGUACCCUCGAACCAGUCGAUCGAAUCCCGCGUGAGCGAUUCUGACGAUAUGAGAGGGGAAUCUCUUGAACCAGUCGCGCCGAAAUCACCAACCUUCGAAACGACCCCAGAGUACAGUCUUGGUAUGGUGCCCAGCCACGCUACGACGUUAACAAACAACAGCAUCAAGCUCGAUGUGAAUUGUGCGCGACCGGGUGAAGAUUUGAGUCAGACCGAGGACGGUCCGUUAUUCCGUGCAACAAUGAAGUCGCUGGAGCAGAAGACGGGCAAUAUGCGCACUAGGUGGAAGAAAGUCCUCAAGAGAGCGGAGUCGACGUUGGAAGCUCAAGCCGCCUGCAACAAUGCCACGUCUGACUUAAUGGAAGCUCUGCGAGAAGCCUCAAUGUCUAAUGCCAACGCGGUACAGCCGGCGAUCGACCAUUAUUUUGACAAGAUAGCCAAGGAGAUACUGGCAUAUGAGCGAUCAAAUACGACCAACAUCCAAAAACUCAUCAUUGAUCCAAUCCAGAAACUUUACAACAUCGAUAUCAAACAAGCCGAGACGAAGCGCAAGGAUUUCGAGGAUGAGAGCAAGGAGUACUACCAAUAUCUCGGGCGCUACCUGGGACAACGCCAGGACACUCUGAAAGAAAAGAAGCGGGCUGAAUCAGACUCCAAAUAUCAAUCGAAACGUCGCAUUUUCGAGCUCCGGCGUUUUGAUUACUCAUCUUUCAUGCAGGAUCUUCAUGGAGGACGAAAGGAUCAAGAGAUAUUAUCCCAUCUUACCCGUUACGCUGAUACACAAGCCAAGUACUAUCUGGAAACAGCCAAGAAGAUUGAAACCAUGCUGCCCCAGUUGGAGGCCUUGAGUUUCGAAGUCAAACAGGCUGACAAAGAAUACCAACUCCAAAGGACUGAGAGAGAAGAAAAGAGACGUGUUUUGGAAAAGAACAAGAAACACUUUGACGAGCCUCCGAUAACGCAGCCUCCGCCGACGACCCCUGCGAAUGGAACUGGCUCCAGAGUAGUCUCAACAUCGGUCGAUUCGAGUUUGCCUGGGCGAAAACCGAGCAUCACACCUGUUUUCCAUAGCACUUUGAGCCCACCACCCCCCGGCACGAGCACAACAAGCGUUCCUUCGAUUGCGUCUCCUCUGAGUCCAGAUACUGCGCAGAGCUACAUGGGUACUGGUAGUCCACAGCCAAGCAAGUUCAAAGGCAUACGCGAUCUUGAGGAUAAGGAUCCUAGCGCUCUUGUUAGUUCUGAUCCAAAUUCCACUGCGCACAGGAAGGAAGGUCUUUUGUGGGCUCUUAGCCGGCCAGGCAGCCAUGCAGAUCCUAAAGGGCUCAACAAACAGGCAUGGCAUAAGUUUUGGAUCGUGCUUGAUCAGGGCAAAAUGUCAGAAUACACAAACUGGAAACAGAACCUGGAGCUUCAUAUGGAUCCCAUUGACCUACGGGUAGCUUCUGUUCGAGAAGCUCGGAAUGCAGACCGACGAUUUUGUUUCGAGGUAAUCACGCCGCAAUUCACGCGUGUUUAUCAAGCGACAAACGAAGACGAUAUGAAGAACUGGAUUGCUGCGGUGAACAAUGCGUUGCAGACAGCCGUGGAAUCAGUCGGGAAACGAGACGAUCGGCCUUCUACAGAGUCCCUGCCAGGACAGACACGACGCGACAUUGCAUCCGUUCUUACUGGAAAAAGUCCUUCGCUGUCCAGCCACAAAAACAACUACAGCUCCAAAACCCCAGCCCGGCACGCCACUGUUGGCGAUCGCCCCGGAUACAGGAGAGAGGAGAGUGUUGGCGAUGAUGGCAAGUUGCUACAGCAAGUGCGUGAUGCAGAUUCGGGCAACCGGCUGUGUGCAGACUGUGGUUCCGACAGCAAGGUUGACUGGGUUUCGAUUAAUCUCGGCAUCAUCAUAUGCAUCGAAUGCAGUGGAAUACACAGAUCUCUCGGGACGCAUAUCAGCAAAGUCCGCUCGUUGACACUUGAUACGACCUCUUUCACCCCUGACACGAUCGAAGUAUUACUCAAGAUUGGCAACCGUGCCAGCAAUAAAGUCUGGGAGGCGAACCUGGGAAACACCAUAAAGCCCGUGGCCAGCUCCACUCGCGAGCAGAGACUCCAUUUUAUUACCGCCAAAUACUCGGAGCGCGCUUAUGUUGAGCCUAUUCAUCCAACCCUAUCGCAUUACGGGUCACCAGAUGAGACUCUAUUGGCGUCGAUUAAGAAGAACGAAAUCCAUAACGUCUUAUAUGCUUUGGCAUUAAGAGCAGAUCCAAACGCAAAAGAUCGAUCCCGCGGAACACAUUCGGUAUUCUUAGCUCUAGCUGCAGCAGACCCCGCUUCCCCAUCAGCCUCUGUGUCGCCAGCAACUUCUCCUGGAAUGCGUCCUACGACAUCCUCCAACGCGAGUGCUCGCAAGUCGUUUCCUGUGGCAGAGUUACUGCUACAGAACGGGGCAGAUCUCCCGACGCAACCCGCUCCUAUCCCGCUCAGUGUUUCUGCACGCAUGUAUCUCGAUCACAAAGCCGAUCAACGUGCCGGCAUCAAGAGAACUACGGUCAUGGGGAAUCAACCCAACCCCAGAGACGACACGUUGACGGCUCUACCGCAGAUUAUGGCAGGAAACGGGAGCACACCAGGUGAGCGAGCCCGAGAUCGAGAAGCCAAGCUGCAGAAGCGCGUCAGCGCGAGCGGAAGGUUGGUCAAGAACAUCUCUGACGGCUCCUCCCUGUCCCACCCCUCCUCGUCCUCUCCCGAAAGUAGGCGAGGCCCGUAG